AUGUUCAAGCUCGCCGGACGGAAGAAGACGAGCUCGACAGCCUCCGCUCGGACGGCCGACCCGCCGGGCAGCCAGCCCCGCCAGCAGCAUGUCUCCGAGACCUACCCGCCGCCGAUCCCCCACCGCCACUCGCCCCCGGGCCAGCAGCAGUACUCCUCGCUCGGCAUCCGCCACGCCGCGCUCCGGCCGGGCAGUCUGCACGAGCUCGCCCUCUCCGACUCGCCCUCGGCCACCACCACCGACUUCCCCCAUCUCCUAGCCGACGCCGGCCCCACCCCGGCCCCCAGCAGCGCACCCCUCACCCCCACCUCCGCCUCCCAGACCGCCCCCAAACACCUCCUCCACAGCUGGCCCCACCAGGCCGACGCCGACACCCCCACGCCCGCCAACUCGAGUGCCGCCGGGAUCCCCAGGGUGCUCUCCGGCGACGAGCGCCCCGUGGACCCUCCUGCCGGCUCGACUCCUGCGCCCCGCCUGGCCAACGGCAGACACGCCCCCUCUGAGGGGCCCCCGAUCCCCGUCCGCCCCCGGGCUGCCUCCUACCACACCUCGCCCUCGACCGAGCGGCGCGCGCAGGCCCGCCCGCCGCUGCCCCCGCUUCCCCCGGGCAGCCAGCCGGGGACCCCGCACAGCUCGCUCGACUCGCUCGCCUCCGCCGCGGCGUCGCCCGACGAGAAGGACGACCGCUCCGUCCACACCACCGACUCGCGCGCCUACAACCUCUUCAACGCCCUCGACGACCAGCUCGGCACCGGCUAUGCCGUCGCCAGCCGCAAGCGGAACGUCGACUUCCAUGCCGUCUUCAAGUCGAUCCCCGAGGACGACUAUCUCAUCGAAGACUACGGGUGCGCAUUGCAGAGAGACAUCCUCGUCCAAGGACGCCUGUACAUCUCCGAACAGCAUCUAUGCUUCAACGCCAACAUCUUCGGCUGGGUGACCACCCUCGUCAUCCCGUUUUCGGAUGUGGUCACCGUGGAGAAGCGGAUGACGGCGCUGAUCAUCCCGAAUGCGAUCCAAGUGAACACAACCCAGAGCCGGCACACCUUUGCGUCCUUUCUGUCAAGAGAUGCAACCUACGACCUGAUGAGCUCCAUCUGGACCAUCGCCCGGCCCCCCGGGACGGCCCCGACGCACGGGCUGACGCUCGACGUGACCGUGCCGGCAAUCGAGGACUUCAGCGACGGACCGAAGCCCGCGGUGCCCGCCUCCUCCGACUUCUCCUCCUCCUCCUCCUCCUCCGACCCGCCCCCAAAGAUCGACCACCCCCCCACCCAGUGUCAGUGCGCGCCCGACGAGCAUUACAAGGAACUCAUCUGGGACGCCACCUACCCCACCUCGCCCGAGAAGCUGUAUAAUAUCCUGUUCCAGUCCGAUUUCUUGAAGGAUUUCUGGGUCAAUGAGGAGCAUCUCACCGAGAUCGAGGUGGGCGACUGGACGACCUCCCCGGAAGCCAAGUACCCCUCGCGUAACGUCUCCUACAUCCGCCCCGUCACGGCUCCCGUGGGCCCCAAGACGAUCAAGUGUCUGGUGGUUGACGAGCACCGGGCACUCGACUUCGACCAAUACGUCUCCCUGCUCACCACCGUCCGCACCCCCGACGCCCCCGCCGGCGGAUCCUUCUGCGUCCGCACCCUUACUUGCAUCUCCUGGGGCCCCAAUAACUCGUCCAGAUGGCACGUCACCGCCGCCGUCGAAUGGACCAAGGUCAACCGGUUCCUCAAAUCGAUCAUCGAGAGCUCGGCGAUCAGUGGCCAGAAGGCCUACCAAGUCGGCGUCGACCAAGCGCUGCGCAAGCACAUCCAGCUGAGCCAGCCGACCCCGGAGCCACCUCUGGGCGCAGGGGGAGACGGGGACGGCUAUGCCCGGCUCUCCAGCGACGUCGCGUUGACCGUCAAGCAGGCCCUCCACGAGUACUUCCGCGACCACCCCCCGCUGCUCCGUCCGCCCGCUGAACGCCGCGUCGACGAGGCCCCCAGAGCCGACGACGCGGGCCAGGAGGCCGGGGCGCCGGCCACCGACCCCCACGCCGAGAUCGCCCAGAUCGAGGCCCUCCUCCAGUCCCUCGAGGCCCGCAUCCGCAGGGUCAGACUCUCCUUGGUCGCCGACGCCCCCGGCCCUCCUUGA